AUGCCCGUCGUGAGAGUACUUGGCCCCAUGCUCGCCUCAAUUGCGCUUUCAUGGGCCUCUGCAUCUCUGGCUCUUGCUUUGGUGGUCCUCGCGUACUCUCGAUCUGUGCCACUUAUCCUGAUCACAGCUCUGGAAUACUCAGCUGGACUGUUUCAAAUUGCUUGCCUGUGGAACACCAACCACUACCUCAACGGUGCAUGUGUGCUGAUAAAUCUCCUGUCCAUCCCUGUCGUGAUAUACUGGCUGGAAACCGUGCUCGACGCUCCAUCCAAACGCAAACACAUAGAGCUUGCCAUGCUCACCACAUACAUUCUAUCGUGUCUCUUCAAGCUGACAGCCGGCCGCCGGUUGGCAAAACUUCCCGACCCAGAAGCAAACAUCAGAAACAAACACUCUGCACAGACUUUGGUGGACGAGAUGGCAGAGAAAGUCAUGGACUUCCACUGCCAGAAAUCUCUCGACCCGUUGCUACCAGAAGAAUUACACGAUCAACAUUCUAAGCAGGACUCAGAAAAAUCAGAAAAAUCUACCGACCGCAACGUCUCGUCCGAAUCUUUCCACUUCCACUACAAGGCUGACAUCCACCCACAGCAGCAUCUGGAGUCGGAAGUGCCACGAAUGCUACCACAGCUCGAAGAAACUCUGGCACCAGUGUCAUGUUCCUCUGCAGAACUCGAAAACAUCACAGAAAUACCAAAACCACACUGGGCCAGCCCAGCAGAUCCAGGUCUCAACCACAUUUCUCUUGAGGCAUGGAAUCAGCAUUCUCGUCAGUGGCACGAGGAACAGCAGCUCUGGGGAAAUAAUUUUUUCAAGCGGCCGGAUCUCACCAGAUCGUUCAGCGACCCUUCUUCGGUGCUGACAGACUACCAUUCGCAGGGCACUCAGUCACGGUCCAGAUCUUCCACCAUCACCAGACAUUCGCGUGUGUCGCCGUCCAGGUCGAUCCGCAAAGCGCCUUCGUUGCACUCGACAUCCAGCAGUCCGCUCAAGAGACUGCGCAGUCUCAAAUUCAAAAAACCUCUUGGCCAUUCCCAAUCGCAGCCAGAACUCAACUUCGAGUUCCUCAAAUCGCUCCAAACGUCUCCAAUCCGCACACACCAGCAUCAAAAGACGCUUUCAUCAAACUUCAAAACGCCCUGCAACUCGCCGGUCAAAUCGGUUGCAGGCGUGUCUCUACGGCUUCUGAACGAAAGCCACACCCCAGAGAGCCAACUAAGUAACCGCUCCAACGAGAGCAGCGUGCCAUCCGUGGUGGUCGGGGCCUACGACCGCGAAAAAUGGCACGCGAUAAAAAACCAACUCAUGCUUGAGGCCCAAGCUAAUACGGGCCCAAGCGUGGAGGAACGCUCUCCUUUAUGGAGUUCUGCAUAA